AUUUACAGUCCAAAUGCCAUAACGUCCCAGAAUCCUUUGCGCCCGCUCGGGAGAAGGUGAGAGGGGACGGUGAAAAUGGCUGCUGCUUAUCUCACUCACCAGCAGAAAGUGUUGCGGCUUUACAAGAAAUCACUACGACACCUCGAGUCAUGGUGCAUCUUUAGAGACAAGUACCGGUUCUACGCCUGCUUGCUGCGUGCUCGCUUCGAUGAGAACAAGAAUGAGAAGGACAUGGUGAAGGCCACCAAGCUCCUGAAGGCGGGAGAGGAGGAGUUCUGGGCCAAACAGCACCCCCAGCCCUACAUCUUCCCUGACUCUCCUGGAGGGACCUCCUAUGAGAGAUAUAACUGCUACAAGGUCCCAGAGUGGGUGCUGGACCACUGGCACCCGUCGGAGAAGGCCAUGUACCCUGACUACUUCUCCAAGAGGGAGCAGUGGAAGAAACUGAGAGAGAAGAGCUGGGACAAAGAGGUUGCCCAGCUGCAGGCCGAGACUCCAGCCGGCGGCCCCAGAACUGAAGCCCUGCCUCCUGCCCGCAAGGAGGGCGACCUGCCCCCUCUGUGGUGGCAGUACGUCACCCGCCCCAAGGAGCGCCCCGCAUAAACACUGUCUACCUUCUGGGGUCAGUUACCCCUGCGGUGUGAGGGGAAACUGUCCCAGCCAUAAUACAAUAGCAGCACGAAGACUAACUGACUUCUUAUUGAGUUAACAUCUGUCUGUGACGAAACUCUGAUCAGUUCUGAGGAGGGUCACCUGUGCAGUCUGCAUGGCUGGAAAAACCUGUAGUCAGCUUUAGGAGUUUGAUGACUUUGAGAAGCCCUGUAGAUGUAUCACUUAAUACCUAAUAAAGAGAGGUGUAAUGAAAA